CAAUAAUAAUAAUAAUUGGAACACAAAAACUACCAUCACCACUAGAUUCUUCACAUAUCUGAUUCACAUCUCUUUGCAUUGUCCACCCCAAAAUCACAUACUAGAAUGGCAACAACAUCCUUUGCAACCGUCGUAGGAAUGGGUGGUGCAUCACGUCUCACCUCAGGAUUUGUGAAACCACAAGUAACCGCUAGGAAUCCUUUGAGACAAGCUAUGGCAAGAGGAAAUGGUGGAAGAGUUACAUGCUUCCAGAGGGAUUGGCUACGGAGGGAUUUCAAUGUGAUUGGAUUUGGGUUGAUAGGUUGGUUGGCACCGUCUAGCAUACCGGCUAUUGACGGUAAAAGUCUGACUGGACUUUUCUUUGAUAGCAUUGGAACUGAACUUGCUCACUUCCCUACUCCUCCUGCUCUCACUUCACAGUUUUGGUUAUGGCUGAUCUGUUGGCACUUGGGACUGUUCAUCUCCCUCACUUUGGGUCAAAUUGGUUUCAAGGGAAGGACUGAGGAGUACUUCUGAUUCAUAAUAGCUUAUGGUCUGUUAUUAAUUGCUUCUCCUCUUAUGUUAUUUUCUGCCUUGUAAUCUACCAUCUAUAACUCUGGUACCUUUUCCAUUGCACUGGAAAAAAUGGGUGUAACAUCGCUUUCAUAAUGAAUCAGUAUUGUAUAUUAUUAUUA